CUAUGUGGCCGCUGUUUUUUAAAGGAGCUCCACAGCACCUCAAUAUUUGCAAACAAAGCUGGGAAUGGCAAUUUAGACGAAGGAAGGAAGGCAAGAAAACGUUCAUCUCCUUGCAAUCAAGCGCGAGUAAUGAGAACCACAAGAGGUUGUUGCUGGUUUUGGUGAGCCUUACUUUCUUCCAACCGCUGGUUCGUUCUGGGCCAUGGUGACCAAGGUGGUGGUCGUCAUUUUCACCACUGCUUUCGGUGGUGAUAAUUUCUGCUCGAGUCGCAACAAUCUCUUACUUGGUGCGAAGGCUAAUGCUUGUGUUGUUGAGAGCGUAAAAGAAUCGUUGAUGUGUUCGGCCAUUUUCUAGUAAGCCGGUGGUGGUGGUGGGUAGCCUGAUAAAAUGACUAUUAUGAGAAGGAUUUGAUGAUGUUGGCUCUUCUGCUUACCAUCUUGUAAGGAGUGAGGACGAGGACCAAGGUGAUGGUCGAGGGAGUGGCGCAAGUAGUCCUGUAACAAAAGAAGGGAGAUCGACCGAGAGGAGGAAGAAGAAGAAUAAAGGGCUUAAGGGGUUGGUGUUGAGAGUGAGGAAUGCGUGCAGGGGCGGGCGCAGUGCAGCAGACCCUCGGCGCGGAGGCUGCAAUUGUCAUAAAGCAAGCAGUGGCGCUAGCAAAGAGGAGAGGCCAUGCCCAGGUCACCCCUCUUCAUGUUGCGGCUACUCUGCUCUCCUCUAGAUCCAGCCUUCUCAGGAGAGCAUGCCUGAAAUCCCACCCUCAUCCCACCCCCCAUCCGCUUCAGUGUCGAGCUCUCGAGCUCUGCUUCAACGUCGCACUUAACCGUCUACCGACAGCCGCUGGCCCGCUUCUGCAAUCUCAACCUUCUCUAUCUAAUGCCUUGGUUGCUGCUCUCAAGAGAGCUCAAGCUCACCAGAGAAGAGGAUGCCUUGAGCACCAACAACAGCAGCAGCCUCUGUUGGCCAUCAAGGUUGAAUUGGAACAGCUAAUUAUCUCGAUUCUCGAUGAUCCUAGCGUUAGCAGGGUGAUGAGAGAGGCAGGAUUCUCGAGCACUUCUGUCAAGAACAACCUGGAGGACUCUGCUUCCAUCUUCGCUUCCUACGCUUCCUCUGAACCAAAAGAGGUCUUCCCAGGUUCAGCACACAAUCUGUGGCAGGCCCGCUGGGCUAAUUCUCUUUCUCUUCACUCGGUCAAACAGAACCCUCCUUUCAUAAUCAAUGAAAGCCCACUCAUCAACUCCCCCAUCCAUGCUCCUAACUGGAAGCAUUGUGCGGCAGAGAGGGAACAGUUGAGGCUGGUGAUCGAUGUCCUGUUAUUGAGGAGGAAAAGGAACAUAGUUCUUCUUGGAGACUCAAUCGCUAGCACUGAAGGCCUUGUUUCAGAACUGAAAUACAAGAUAGAAGCAGGAGUCGUUCCUCAAGAACUGAGAUCGGUCAAGUUCUUCACGCUGGAUUUCUCCGCUCUUUCCAUUAGAAUUAUGAAGAGGGAAGAUGUCGAUUCGAGGCUUACAGACCUAAGAAGGGUGGUUCAAAGCUUUUGUACGUGUGGGGUCAUCAUCUAUGUGGGGAACAUGAAAUGGGUGGUGGACGAAUACUUGGAGACAGACCCAGUUUCUAGAGAUUACAACCCAGCCGAACACCUGAUUAUGGAAAUCGGGAGAUUUCUAUCGGAUUUUGCCCACUACACCAAAUUGUGGUUGUUGGGCAUCGCAAAUACACAGACAUUCAUGAGGUGCCAGACGAGACAGCCUUCCAUAGAGAGCCAGUGGGCUCUUCAAGCUGUUCCAAUUCCCUCAGGUGGUCUGUCGUUAACUCUGCAUUCAGCCAGUGGUAUGGAUUUCAUAACAGGGGCGAACUAUCCACAAUAUCUACACCGAACGCAGAUAUUAAAAUCCAGUCUCAUCAAGGAUGAAGAUUAUGAUAAACUCAGUUUGUGCAAGGAUUGUGCCUCCAAUUAUGAAAAGGAAGCCCGGGUUUUCUUAAAAGAAGAGCAGCAUCAGAUUUCCAAUGAGAUAGAAAAUGGUCCGUCGAGUUUCCCUUACUGGAUGCGACAUUACAGAAACCAGAUUCGCAAGGAUGGGUCAUGCGAGGAGCUGUCGGAACUAAAGAAAAAAUGGAACAGACUAUGUCAAAGUUUAAAUCAUUCGCUGCCGAAUCAAAUCCAGAGGAAAUCAAGAGAAGUCCGUCAUGAAAAUUUGAAUUCUGGAGAAGCCUCUGCUGGGAGUCCUCGUAUGGUUCCAAAUUUAGCUUAUACUCAGGGCUUCAGUGCGCCAUUUCCACUGUGCUGCAGCAGCUCUCAUGUUGAAAAGAGCAAGGUCACAGCGGGUUCUACUGAAGUGAAAACCACUCUAGCUCUUGGCAUAGGCAAUGGAGGAUCACAUUCUUGGGUACCCAAUAAUUCUAUCAAAGAUGACGAUUUUCGUAACAAUAAGCAAGCGUUCUUGCCAUGCACUUGGAUUGCCGAAAGUAGUAAACGAAAAACGGUAUCCGGGAAAGAAUUAUGUACUGAGUUGCAAGAAAACAUACCCUGGCAAUCCAAAAUCAUGCCUUCCAUAUCAGAUGCCUUGUCAGAGCAGAAAAAUAUAUGGUUUCUGUUAACUGGCUCUGAUUGGAUUGGGAAGAGAAGGCUAGCAAUCACAGUUGCAGAGUCCUUCUUUGGAUCAGCUGGCAUACUGCAUUUGAGCACGAAAACAAGAGAAGUGGCUGCACAGAACAUCAUAGAAUAUAUAAACGCCAAACCUCAAGCGUUGAUUUUUAUUGAAGACAUUGACCAUGCGGAGAAAUCCUUUCUGGAGCUACUGAGGAAAGCCAUGGUAGAUGGAAAAGUUGAGGACCCAAAUGGAAAGGAUUUUUUCCUAACGAGCAGCAUAAUUAUUUUGACGAGUGGUAGGGCAACAGCCAGUACUAAAGAGCAGAGUUCGAGUGUCAUUCCUAUGAAAUUGCACGUGGGUGUUGAUGGCCUUCAGCCCCCAUCAGAAGAUGUAUCGAAGAAAAGAAAAUCUGAGACUGUUGGGUUAGAUAUGAAGAAAGACGGCACGAAGAAACAUUAUGCGAGUACACUGGAUCUUAAUGUGUUGGCUCAGGAAGAAGAGGAAGAAAAGGAAGAAACGAUGGCCAUCAUUCAUAGUCACUUGACUCAAGAAUCACGACUGACAAACAUGGAGAAUGAUGACUCCGUUCUGAAUUGGUUCUUUAGUAAGAUCACUCAGCGUUUUGCUCUUGACCUCCCUGCUGAUCUAAGCACGAUCUCGGAGAGUUUUCUUAGGAGGCUGAGGCGAGGGUUCGGAGAAGUUCUCGAGGACGGAGCGUGGUCUCUUCUUGUUGAGGACGACGUCCUUACGAGACUGGUUGACGCUUCAUGUUCAUUUCUCAACUGUUUGAUGGAUGCUUGGGUUAGAGAUGUCCUCCAGAGAAACAUGGAAAUCCUAAGGAAAGCGGGGAAGGACGAAAGGAUUAGAAUGAAACUCUGCCUUGAUUCUGAAAGACUGAGUGAGGGGGAAUGUGGGUACCAAGGUUCACCCCUGCCAAACAGAAUAGAGGUUGUCUUUGACGACUGUAAAGGAUAACUGAAAAAAUUUCUAAGUUGGUGUCCCAGCUCCGGGUCGGCGAAAAACGAGUCAUCAGAACCAAAGCAUAUCAAAUUAGAGUUGUAAAUAGGCUACUGUGAACACUGAAUUUUGUUUAUUGCAGAGGAAAUUAGCCAGUGUAACCAUAGGCUACUGUUAACACUGUAAACAUGCUCUGUCUCUGUCUCUGUCUGUCUGCGGGCUUGCUGGCAUCAUGGCAUACUAAUACGCAUUAUUUAACUAGUUUACCUUUCGUUUU